CAAGAGCUACAAAAGCUCGAGUACCGGAAGAAGAGCUUAAGAGACGGUAAACGGAGGCGAGCGAGGGACACAACUCAAGAAUAGGGGUGGGGAGAGAGAGAGAGAGAGGUUUAAUCCCCAAGAAAGUGCCUUCUUUGCUCGAAUUCGUCGGAGCCCUUCUCCUCAUUCUCCAAAUCGAUCUGUAGCUUCUUACUGUCCCUUCGAGAUCUCCAUCUCCAGAUCUCUUGAAACUCUUUGCAUUUGAAAAUCCUUUUAGUUUUUUUUUCUGUGUCUGGAAAACGAGGAAAAAAACGCAGAGGGAUACACAAAAGUUGGAUUUUUUUUGGUCAGUCUUCGAUCUCCAGGAAUGGAAUCCGAAGAAUUUAUGCGGCAAAGAUGAUAAAAGUUUCUCUUUUUUUUUAGUGUUUUCUUUGUGCUCGUUGUCUAUUUUCAGAGAUGGAAAUCUUUUCUUCUGAGGUUGUAAUCUAAUUUCUCUCUUAUUUUCCCUUUUUUUUUUUUUUUACUUACAAGGUUUGCGUUUUUCGUCUUCCAAAUCGGUUAUUCGAUGCUUUUAAUGAACAGUCAAGAACACACAAAAAUGGAAUUUGAUGGCUUUUCUCUUUUGUUCUUAUCCGGUUUUAGGCUACAUUUCACGGAAGAUUGUAUAAAGAACUAAUUUCCCCCCUGUUGUUUUUUCUUACUUUCAUUUUGGUGUUCAUCGUGAGUCUCAUAUUAUUAUGAAACAAGGAGGAGGAGAUAUCGGAGGUGACUAAUUGGAGAUUUCAGGCUUCCGAGAGAUGUUAGAAGGUCCCUGCCGUUUGAUAACGAGGGCAUUCCGAAGCUGCCGUGUGCAAGAAUCCACUUGGCAUUUCCAUGGAGUACCAUUUCCUUGAAUCAUCAGACAAGAAAAAACGUCAUUUGGAUGAGGAUCUUCAAGUUCAAGAGCCUGAAGAACGAGACCUCGAAGAUAAAGUCAAAAGAAACAAGUCGCCACAGCAUCCUAGUACCCCUGAGAUCAAAGAUAUGGAUCUGUCUCUCCGCAAAUUGGAUAGCCAAGCAAGAUAUGGGGAGUACUCUUUUGAUUCAAGCAUCAACCGGCUUGGCAGGGAGCUCAUAAUUAGCUGCUUUCUUCAUCUUUCUCGAUCCGAGUAUGGUGCUGUUGCAUCAGUCAACCGAAUGUUCCAUUCGUUGAUUCAUAGCGGGGAACUCUACCAGCUACGCUGCAAGAUGGGUAUUGUUGAGCACUGGGUCUAUUUCUCCUGUAAUGUCCUUGAGUGGGAGGGUUAUGAUCCAUACCGUGGGCGCUGGAUUUCCGUUCCUAAGAUGCCUCCUACAGAGAGCUUCAUGUGCUCUGAUAAGGAGUCCCUGGCGGUGGGCACUGAGCUCCUUGUUUUCGGAAAAGAGGUGAAUUCCCAUAUUGUACUACGAUACAGUUUUUUGACUAACUCCUGGUCUCCUGGUGUGGUUAUGAACUCACCUAGGUGCUUGUUUGGAUCUGCUAGCCUCGGAGAGAAAGCUGUAAUAGCUGGGGGAACCAAUGCUAAGGGUGAUAUCUUGAGCUCUGCAGAGCUUUACAAUUCUCGCACGCAUACCUGGGAGACCUUACCUAGUAUGAACCAAGCGAGAAAGAUGUGCUCGGGGGUUUUCAUGGAUGGCAACUUUUAUGUCAUUGGCGGCAUGGCUAAUAACACAAAGAUUCUUACAUGUGGAGAAGAGUAUGAUUUCAAGAGAGGUUCUUGGAGGCUAAUCCCUAACAUGUCUGCCGGACUCAAUGGAGCCAGAGGUGCACCUCCACUUGUAGCUGUGGUGAAUAAUGAACUUUAUGCAGCUCAUUAUGCCGAUAAGGAUUUGAGGAAGUACGACAAAGUAAAUAAUAAAUGGAUAGUUUUGGGAAGAUUGCCUGAAAGCUCAUUCUCAAUGAAUGGAUGGGGGCUUGCGUUUCGAGCCUGUGGAGAAUGGCUAAUAGUGAUCGGUGGGACAAAAGGUUCUCAUGGAGGAGGGAUGAUUGAACUGAAUUCAUGGAUUCCAAAUGGAGGACCACCGGAAUGGCAAUUGAUUGCCAGCAAGCAUUCAGGCAGCUUCGUUUAUAAUUGUGCUGUGAUGGGCUGCUGAGUGAUCUGAAUUCCAUGGAAGAUCUGGCCAUCUCUAUGAGCCAUGUGUAAAGCCAUGUUCAUGGGAGAAAAGUACUGAUUCUGUUCGAAUGCUUCAUUGCAUCACACAAACCCAGAAAGCGGAGGAUUGGUUCGCAGAGACCAGUUCACACCGUCGCGAAGUACAGCAUAGCAGCAGAGUACCUAACUACAUUGACUCGUGACUCCUGUACCUUCCGUUCAACCAUGAGUUUUCUGCUACAAAAGUACAUGAGUGAGAGCAGAGCAAAGCAGUUGAGGUAUUCAUGUAAAGAAAAGAGAAGUUGCAGUGUUUCUUUAGGACAUGCAGUACACUGGCACUGCAGAACAACCUUUUAUUUUAUAUUUAAUUAUAUAUAUAUAUAUAUAG